AAAACAGUAAUGACGACGUUGGUUGAAAUGCAGUGAAUACAUAAAAUCUUCGAGGUUCAUUCGUAUGGUGGGCUCCUAUAAGACACACACCAUUGCAACACACCACAGCACUGCUGCCCUGCUAAAGCCAUACGAAAGCCAUGCUCUGAAAUUCAGCAGCGAUGAGGAAAGAGUCCAGCACUAUCCUCCCCUUCCCUUGCAACUGUUUCGGGGAAGUGGCGCUCUUGCAGAACAUUCUGAAAAUGUGCAUAUUUCAGGAGUGUCAACUGCCUGUGGAGAGACUCCAGAACAAAUCCGAGCACCAAGCGGGGUAAUCACAAGUCCAGGCUGGCCGUCUGAAUACCCUGCCAGACUCAACUGCAGCUGGCUCAUCAAGGCAAACCCAGGGGAAAUCAUCACUAUAAGUUUUCAGGAUUUUGAUAUUCAGGGAUCCAGAAGAUGCAGUUUGGACUGGUUGACAAUAGAAACGUCCAAGAACAUAGAGAGUUACAGAGCGUGUGGCUCCACAGUCCCGCCCCCGUACAUCUCCUCACAAGACCAUGUGUGGGUCAGGUUCCACUCAGACGGCAGCGUCUCGAGAAAGGGCUUCCGACUGGCCUAUUUUUCAGGAAAGUCAGAGGAGCCCAGCUGUGCCUGUGAUCAGUUUCGCUGUGGUAAUGGGAAGUGUAUUCCCGAAGCCUGGAAGUGUAAUAACAUGGACGAGUGUGGAGACAGUUCCGAUGAAGAGAUCUGUGCCAGAGAAGCGAGCCCUCCAACAGCGGCUUCAUUUCAGCCCUGUGCUUACAACCAGUUCCAGUGUCUGUCCCGGUUCACCAAAGUUUACACCUGCCUCCCCGAGUCUUUAAAAUGUGAUGGGAACAUUGACUGCCUUGACCUCGGAGAUGAGAUCGAUUGUGAUGUGCCCACUUGUGGACAGUGGUUAAAAUACUUCUAUGGUACUUUCAAUUCCCCCAAUUACCCAGACUUCUACCCUCCUGGGAGCAACUGUACCUGGCUGAUAGACACUGGGGACCAUCGUAAGGUCAUCAUACGCUUCACCGACUUCAAACUCGACGGCACUGGCUAUGGUGACUACGUCAAGAUAUAUGACGGACUGGAGGAGAACCCACACAAGCUUCUGCGUGUGCUGACUGCUUUUGAUUCUCACGCACCUCUUACAGUUGUGUCUUCCUCUGGACAAAUACGGGUCCAUUUUUGUGCGGAUAAAGUGAACGCCGCCAGGGGGUUCAAUGCCACUUACCAAGUUGAUGGCUUCUGUCUGCCCUGGGAAAUACCUUGUGGCGGGAACUGGGGCUGCUACACUGAGCAGCAGCGCUGUGAUGGGUACUGGCACUGCCCCAACGGGAGAGACGAAGUCAACUGUACCGUGUGCCAGAGAGAGGAAUUUCCAUGUUCCCGAAAUGGUGUCUGUUACCCCCGCUCUGACCGCUGCAACUACCAGAAUCACUGUCCCAACGGCUCAGAUGAAAAAAACUGCUUUUUCUGCCAGCCAGGAAAUUUUCACUGUAAAAACAAUCGCUGUGUGUUUGAGAGCUGGGUGUGUGACUCUCAGGAUGACUGUGGUGACGGCAGUGACGAAGAGAACUGCCCGGUGAUCGUGCCCACCAGGGUCAUCACCGCAGCCGUCAUCGGGAGCCUCAUCUGCGGCCUGCUGCUCGUCAUCGCCUUGGGGUGCACAUGUAAGCUUUACUCCCUGCGGAUGUUUGAACGGAGAUCAUUCGAGACCCAGUUGUCAAGAGUGGAAGCAGAACUGUUAAGAAGAGAAGCUCCCCCGUCUUACGGACAAUUGAUUGCUCAGGGCUUAAUUCCACCAGUGGAAGACUUUCCAGUUUGUUCACCUAGUCAGGCGUCCGUGCUGGAGAACCUGCGGCUGGCCGUGCGCUCCCAGCUGGGCCUCACGUCCCUCCGGCUGCCCGCGGCGGGCCGCCGCGCCGCGUGCCGGCCGCUGGACGGGGCGGUCCUCGUGUACAAAAAGAACACGCGUCCUUACGCUCGCCUUUCUGUUUGUGCGGUACUGCAUUUCGCUUUCGUUGGAGUUAUCAUACUGUCAAAGGGAAAAAACUCCCUCGAAGCUUUGCUCUUAGGUUUGACAUACAGUGGUGUGAACUUAGGUAGACUUAGGUGAAUUAAGGGCAAGAGUAAAACUUUUAUAGAUUUUCUAAUACUGACUUUAAUACUAUAACAUGGUACAAACCAAAUGCUAAAAUCCCAAGUCAUUCCUUUUUCAUCUCUAUUUAGGGACAGUUAAGCAGAUGAAGAUAUUCUACUAUGCAUUAAACUUCGAACUUUAUAAAAUAUGUACAGAAAUUGUACAUGGAAGUUCCAGCUGGUAACGUUUUUCCCUAAUAUUCUAGGGUUGUGCUUGUAUUGGACCCUACGGAUUUGCACUAAAGUCGUGUCAAGGUCUCAGAUGAGUUCAGUGCACAAGCACUAUCACUUUAAAUACUAUUAUUUGCUACCGCAGUGACUAUAUAUUUCCGUAGCUUUUUUGGGGGUUGGGGAGCAUUUGUAUUACAACUUGAAGUUGCUUUGCCAGUCUCAUAUUUAUUUGUUGUAUUUAAAAACUGCGUUAUUGUAAGAGUGAUUUUUUUCAAUAUAUUUUAUUCGUGGGGGGGGUCAUGCUGUAAUUUUGAAGAAAAGCGAAUUAAGACAUAAUUCAGAUGCCUCCCUUUUUUAAGUAGAGUGAAUUGCAAAACCUGUUUAUUUUUUUAUUGUCAACUCCUGUUUAUUUAUUCUUUAGCUGUCUGUUUUAGUAGCUUCAUGAUUGAGUACGAAAAUGUAUUUGUGUGGGAUUAUUGCUAUUUAUUAAAUUUAAGUACUUUGCUGAAUGUCAUUUUAAAGCAUGUUUGAGGUCUUGUGUACUUGUGUUAUGCAGUCAGGAAGAACUGACUAAAAUGUUUUAAUAUGUAUCAAAAAUUAAAAUGAUUUUUUUAUUGCCUUGAGGUACUUUUUAAAUCAAAGUUUUCUCUUUAUUUUUGUUGAGUUGUGGUAUAAAUACAGAUUUGGGCUGUAAAAUACCUAAUGUAGAAGAAAGGGAAAGCAGGUAUAUUCUCCUUCACUCCUGUAGAGGGGAGCAGUACUGUACACUCCGGCCAGGGUGAGAGGCCCUCAGGACCUGGAGCGUUUACCUCCUGUGUAGGGUACCUUGGAAGAUAGAGCAUCACGAUUGGUUCUCUUUUCACAUUAUUUUUACGUACACUUUGGGGCCCUAUAGUGUAUUCUAACAGAACUCAGCAGAUUAAUGUUCUUUCAGUUCCUGUUGAUAAUACACCAUUGACUGUAGGGUUUUGGUUUUAUUUUCUGGCAUAUAUUUUAUUUCCUUUUUUCUUAGUUGCUACACCAUCCUGGUUCCAACAGUGGAAAACGGUCCCUCUCCUACCCGACACCCACCCUGUAGGUCCCCUUCAAAGAGAUGUGCGCCAGUGCCGUGUUCUCGCGCGUCCCUCCGGAAACACCGCAGGCUGUGCGCCCAGCCGCACGCAGGGCCCCCUGGGUCUGCACGUGCACGUAUCGCAGUGCAGCUUGUACUCUGCGUGCCUUUUCUGCGCUUUUCUCAAGAGAAAACCCAUCAUUAGCAUUGGAGUACUUGGAGUUGAGUAUCUGUUACUUUUUACCUUUAAGUUGGUAGUCAACCCUGAAUUUAGGGUUUCAUUCCCGCCCCCUCCCCGCCAGGUGACUAGUUCCCCCAGAGCUACUUACUAACUAGUACACCCUUUAUCAGUUUGCGAUUGAGCUUCUAUGCAGGAAAAUCCCACAUUACUGGGGUGUGUGUUUAGACUACUUCUCUUCUUUCCAGUUAACCUGCCUCCUUUUGUGCCAGCACUGCACUGGUUCAGUAACUUACUUUAAAGUAUGUCUGAUAUUCUUGCGUAUUUUUACAGCUGAGCUUCAGAAUUAACUUGAGACCCACAAACUUUUUUUUUAGACAGUUUUAAUUUUGUUGAUUAACUUAAGGGAAUUUUAUAUCAUUAUAUCAAAACCUUUUUCUCUAAAUCCUGGUGCCCUCUAAAGAGUGCCUGUUUAUUUUGGGGGGGUAUUUCCUUCAGAUGUAGUUUAGUUUACAGAAAUGUCAUGCAUCUUCAGGUUUUUUCUUUACAGAUCCCAUCAUUUUGUCACUAUGAUUAGCAAAGUCCUUUCCAUGUAUUAUUUAGUCUAAUUUUAGUAUACAUACAGGCAAAUGAUUUGUAAUGUUAGUGUUCUGCCCAGCCACCAGACUUUGCUUUCUUAUAAUUUGAAAUAAUGGUUUUCAGCUACAUAAUCGUGUCAUCUACAAGUCUUGAUAAGCAGGUUGCCUGUGAAUUUGUGUCCUGUUUAAUUGCUAGUAAGUACUUCUAGACAAAUGUGAAAUCACACUGGCUAUGAUGACAUGAACUGGGUUGAGGCAGAUAGAUUUGGUCAUAUUGAGGAGUAUCCAAUGAUUUGUAUUUUAAACAAGAUUUCUAAGAAUGCAUGUCAGAUUUUAUCACAUGCCUUUUCAACAUCCAUGGGAAUAUAUCAGUGAUUCUCCUUUAAUUCUGGUAUGGUGGGUUUUAUAAAUAUAUUUUGUAAUUUUAAACCAUCCUCAUCUUUGCAUUCCUGAAAUAAAUUCUAUUUGACAGUG